CGUCCGCGCACCCUCGAAUAGUGAGGGCAGUUGUGCUCGGUGGUGAAAAGUUAUAUCGUCAUUCUCACCACUGCGAGCACCGGGUGGUGCAAGGUACGUCACACUUCGUCCGCUUCAGCUGAUCCCCGAUCUGUGCGACAUUUCCUGUCGACGUCACAGAUUGUGCGGGCAUCCGACCCUCGGGUGAUCGACAAAGGAAAGACGCGGCGACACGGCGAUUCUAUACGAAGCGCUCUACAAAGGCUGUAAAACGUGCGCGAACGAGAGGGAGGUGUCCGUUUUUGGGAAUCGGUGAAAUUCAAACACGAAACCUGGGUCAAGGAUCGAGAAAAACCGAGCAUCUGAACGAUGUGAAAGGAAUAUAUGGACGGACACCAAACGGGCUGGGCAGAUUCGGCGAAAUCACGAACACGUGGCGAGACGUAAAGCGGGCGUUAAGCCUGCUGUGCGUAAAGAAAUUUUCCGGCAGCGCGACAAUGCUGGAGGCGCCGCCUGGAAGUCGCGAAGACCUCGUAGAGGCAGCAAGAACUCCAUGUACACCCACCGAUCUGGACACGAUGCUGUACGGAUACACGAACAGCAUAUACGUGCUGGACCACACGCCUGAAUCCUUGCCGGACAUGGAUAUGCUGCAGCUGUUCGCAUCUCCGGCAGGUCGAGCAUUGCUUACGAGCGACAAUCGACCGAGGGGAUCAACGUCGACGUCCUCCUUGUCUCGAGAGUUCUCGUCGAGGCUGAAGAACAGCAGGAGACCAUCAGGCACCGGCACCGUCAGCGCACCCACCUCGCCGCCAAGACGGCGGAAGUCGAGCGCCGAGCUUUACAAGGAAGCUGUUGAGAUCCUCGGCCUCACUUGCUCACUGACCGAUAGCUGUCGGUGCAUCGACUGCCAGAGCAACUACUUCGAUUGUGAAGACGAUUGCGCGGAUGCCGGUACAGAAUUGGCUGCAGGCACUCCUAUUCUAUUGGACCACGCUCUAUCGCAUCAUCUCACUGUGUGUUCCAUACAGUAGCAGGCGACCAGCAGACGAAAAUUUCGAAAUCGACCCCUUAGUCCGCUCUGCCAUAUGUUCCAGAAGAAGAUGAUGACGUCGUCGGCAUGUCAAUAUCUUCCGGCAAAUGCAUAACAUUCACGUUAAAAACAAAAAUUAGCGAGACUGAAAGCAACCAGUGCGAUAUUACAUAGCGAUCGAAUAUCGGAUAACAGGAAAACGGAGUCGUUUGUUUUGUAGUUUGUAAGUCUCCAUAGAAUUUAUGCAAAUGUAUACUUUUCCUUGCCAAGUAAUUUACCCGACAUCUUGUAUGAUUGGACCAUUAUUUGCUCCAUGUUCAUUGAAUAAAUGCAGCAUCAGGCUUUA